AUGGGUAAAUAUAGAAAAAGAUUCAACGAGAAGGCCCGUACGGGAAUGCUCGCCAAACAGGCAGCACUUAAAAAGGCCAGAAACAAACAAUUCACCCGCCAUUUGGAAGAUCACUCUGAAGCUCCCAAUGAUAUCGAUGAGCCAGUGGAUCAGCCAGCGGAGGAAGACUCUAAUGCUGAAAUAUUGAAGCCUAUGUCUGAUAAGGAAAGAGAAGAGCGGAAACGGAAGCUUGUUGAGCUGCUCUACUCAGAGAAUGAAAAGGAAUCCAAGAUGUCAAGAGCUAAGAAGAAGAGAUUGGACAAGUACAUCGAGCACCAGCUUAAAAGAGAAGAAAAGAAGGUUUUGUUGGAGAAGCUCGCGGGCACAAAAAUUGACACUAAUAUCCUUGCCCCAUCCAAGCUUCUAGGGACUGGAAAACAGACCAGAAAAGAGCAGAUGAUCGAAGCUAUUGAACUUGAAAGACAGGGACGUGGGGAUGAGCACACUAGAGAAAUCUUGUAUGAGGAAAGAGAAGUGAAAGAUUGGCCAGAAGGUGGCCAGUAUAGUGAUGGUUUCGACGAGGAUGAUGGCAGUGAUGACAACAACGCCAGUGAUGGCAAUGAUGGAGAAGAAUUCCCUUCCACAGAGAAGUCCACAUUCGUUGAUUAUAGACCACAGAAGUUUGGAGGUUCUGGCAGUGGGUUCGGAUUCGCAAAUUUGCAGAAAUCGGAUAAGUCAAAGACGACAAGCAAAAAAAAGUACACUUGGAGACUCAAGGUGGAGAAGGAGGAGAAGAAGAGGGCCAAAUUGGAGGAUGAGAAUGACUUUAUUCUGAGUGAUGAAGAUCAAGACGAAAGUCUUGGUGACGAGAAUGAAGAAAUUGCAGAGAGUGAUGAGAGCAGCGAUGAGAAUGGCUCUCGUGACGAUGCUGAAGAGAGUAACUCUGAAAAUGAUUUGGAGAGUGAAUCAGAAAUCGCUUCUGAAGAAGUUAACUCGGGUGAGGCUUCAGACCUGAACUCCGAAUCGGGAGAUCUGGAUAAUAAAUCAGAAGAAUCAGAAGAAUCAGAAGAGGAGUUGCCAAAACUUCUUCAGAACGCACCAAAACACACCGAAAAGGGUCAAUCAUUUAAGGAAUGGGCAGAAGCUCAAGUUCGUAAAAUCGAGGGCCACCAAGAGAUGGUUUUACCUGAACUCAGAAAAGAAAUCUUGGACAAGUAUGGUGAAGGAAUUCAUGACGAUGAAAUUGUCUCUGAAGAUGAGAAUGCCAUUCCCAUUAACAUGGAUUUGCAAAGAGAAGCUUUCUACGUUAAUGUUACUAGAUCGCCAGAAAUCCAGCAACUGAGAAUGCAACUUCCAGUGUUCGGCGAAGAACACAGAAUUAUGGAGGCUAUCCAUCACCAUGACUGUAUUGUUCUAUGUGGUGAGACUGGUUCUGGUAAAACAACUCAGGUUCCACAGUUUCUCUAUGAAGCUGGCUUCGGCAAUCUUGAUUCUGACACUUAUCCUGGAAUGAUCGGUGUCACCCAACCAAGAAGAGUUGCAGCAGUCUCCAUGGCCAACCGUGUUGGCAAUGAGCUUGGAGACCAUGGCCACAGAGUUGGCUACCAAAUUAGAUUUGAUGCUACUGUCAAGAAUGAAGGAAAAGAGGGAGGUACGGCCCUUAAGUUUAUGACAGAUGGUGUUUUGCUCCGAGAAAUGAUGAACGAUUUCUUGCUCAUGAAGUAUUCAGCAUUAAUUAUUGACGAGGCCCAUGAGAGAAAUGUCAAUACGGAUAUCUUGAUCGGUAUGCUCAGCCGUGUUGUUAAGCUCAGAAGACAAAAAGGAAAGCCUUUGAAGUUGAUUAUCAUGUCAGCAACAUUGAGAGUUUCUGAUUUCUCCGAGAACAAGCAGCUUUUCAGUACUCCUCCUCCAAUUUUGAAGGUCGAAGCUAGACAAUACCCAGUUUCUGUUCAUUUCGAUAAGAGAACUAAAUUUGAGUAUUUGGAUGAAGCAUUUAACAAGGUAUGCAAGAUCCAUAGAAAGCUUCCUCCUGGUGGUAUCUUGGUCUUCUUAACUGGUCAGAAUGAGAUUACCACUUUGGUUAAAAGACUUAGAAAAGAAUUUCCUUUGAAGAACGACUCUAAGAAAUUGUAUGUGGAAGAUGAAAACACCAAAUACAGAGUCAGCAACAACGUGACAAUGGAAGCAGAGGAUGUUGAUUUGGACAUUGCACUCAGAGAGAGAAAAGCGGAAGAGAUGGAAGACGAUGUUUCUGACGAUGAGUUGUCUGAAGAAGAAGAGGGAUUUGAGGAAACGCUCGAACCAGGCCAGUCAGCAAACGAUCCACUUUACGUUCUUCCUCUUUACUCCUUGCUUCCAACGAACCAGCAAUUGAAGGUCUUUGAUACCCCUCCUCCAGGCAGCAGAAUGUGUAUUGUUGCCACUAAUGUCGCAGAGACGUCAUUGACUAUUCCUGGAAUCAGAUAUGUUGUUGAUUGUGGAAGAUCGAAGGAGAGAAAGUUCGACGAAGAUACCGGUGUUCAGUCUUUCGAGGUCGACUGGGUUUCUAAAGCGUCAGCGGACCAGAGAGCAGGAAGAGCAGGAAGAACAGGACCCGGACACUGUUACAGGCUUUUCUCGUCUGCUAUUUAUGAAGAGUACUUUGAUCAGUUCAGUCGUCCUGAAAUUUUGCGUAUGCCAGUCGAGAGUACCGUUCUUACUAUGAAGAGUAUGGGAAUCGACCAAAUUGUCAACUUCCCGUUCCCCACACCACCUGAUAGACCUGCUUUGGCUAGGGCAGAGAGACUCCUUGUUACUUUGGGAGCUUUGGACAGGGCCAAAAAAAUCACCGAUUUGGGAAAGACAAUGUCAUUCUUCCCGGUUGGCCCACGUUAUGCAAAAAUCCUCAUUGUGGGUAACCAACUUGAGUGCUUGCCGUAUGUGAUUGCUAUUGUCUCUGCAUUAUCCGUGGGAGACCCAUUCUUAGAUGAGAAUGACGUUGGACUAGCAACGCAGAAGCCUCAGAAGGAUAGCGACGAAGAAGAAGAAGAAGAAAUUGGAGAUACUCAGGAAGACUUGGAGAAGCAACGGAAAUUGAGAAGCAAAUUCUUUAAGACCCGUGCCAUGUUCUCUAGACUUGAUGACCGUUCUGACGCCUUGAAACUCUUAUCUGCUGUGUGUGCACUUGACCAUGUUCCUACCAAGAAGAAAAUUGGGUUCAUGGGAGACCAUUUCCUUCGUGUGAAGGUGAUGGAAGAGGUUCAGAAGCUCAGAAAGCAAAUCUCGUAUAUUGUGGCGUCCAACUCAAAUAAAGACUCUAUUGCCGAACAGUUGGAGACCAAGGAAGUGAAGUUGGGAGUUCCCUCUAAACAACAGAUCGCCGCCUUGAAACAAAUCAUUGCAUCUGGAUUCAUCGACCAGGUUGCUAUCCGAAGCGACUCGAUUGAUUCCGAAAUCAAACUUUCCAAAAAAACAAGCAUCAUUGGUGUUCCGUACUCCACACUUUACCCAGCAUCUCAGUAUGGAGAUGGAACAGAUCCACACGUUUACAUUCAUCCAGCAUCCAUCCUUGCCAGCCUGGGAGCAGCACCUCCACAGUAUGUUGUAUACCAAUCUGUGAACAAGGGUGCUAACCAAAAAGAAGGCAAAUUGACUAAGUUGAGAAUACGUCCAUUGGUAGACAUUUCUGGUAAGCAGUUGGCUAAUGUUGCCAAGGCAUCGUCGCUUAUUACUUACUCUAAGCCAUUGGGACACCCAUAUGCACCAAAGGAGAUAUCCCCAACGAAGAGAGAGUGCUAUGUUAUUCCAAGAUACGGUGCAGCUAUUGGAGAUGGAGGAUUAGGAUGGGAUUUACCAGUGAUCAAGGUUAUCCAGGUGAAGAAAUAUGGACUGUGGGUUGUGGAGGAGUAA